CCACUUGAUAGCUACCUUACUCCUCAGUGAAUGUUCUACUAGUACGAUGCCAUUCGGACUGAUCCUUAUCAUCGCCCAACCGUACCUUGAGUCUCCUUCCUUGUUCCGAACCCCGUGUCAUCACAUUAGGACCUUCUUUCUGUGUGAAUGAGAAACAAAGCUCGUUAGUUGUUUGGCCCCUCUUUUCCAGUCGUCUCCUGCCUCUCACGCCCGGGUCUCGACGACACUGCAGUUGCAGCACAACGGCACUCGCAGAUAUGCGGUCUAUGCUUUCAAUUUUUCUCCUCUUGCUCGCCAACACGACUACAGGGUACCUGGUCCCAAACCCGCCUGGUAAAUACAAUGUCACAUUGACUACUGGGACCCUCAUCGACUACACCCGCAAUGACUCUUUUGCCGCGACUCCAACGCCUCGGGCAUUGAUGCUGUCGGUCUUUCAACCUGCGAAGUGCGCGUCCACUGUGCCUGUCUCAUACAUGCCUAACAAAACCGCCGAUUACCAGGGGCCAUUUUUCCAAAAGCUAUUCAACAUCUCCAUCAACCUCACGCCCCUCUUCCUAGAGGCUCGCCUACCGGUGUGUUUGGACACUCUCAGCGGCUGCUCACCCCUAGAUGACGGCCCUAUCCUGCUCUUCUCCCCUGGCUACAGCAUCCCUCGCCUCUAUUAUAGUGUCCUCGCCUCCGCCAUCGCCAGCGAGGGCUUCAUAGUCAUUACCAUCGACCACCCCGAAGACGCCAACAUCAUUACGUACCCUGAUGGCCACGUAGUCUACAACAACGGCCCGAGCAGCCCUACCCUGGACGAGUUCACCCGGUACGUGUACCCUCGUGCCGCCGACGCAUCCUUUAUUAUUGACCAGCUGAGCAACGCGACUGCCAUAGCCGAGCUGCUUCCCCAACGCGGGCCCCGACAGUUCCCGACGGACCGCAUCGCCAUGCUGGGACAUUCUCUGGGAGGCUCCUCCGCGGUCAUCGCCGCCGGCCAGGACCCCCGCCUUCGCGGCGCGAUCGAUUGGGACGGCACCCUCUUCGGCUCGCUUCCCCCGUCGGGACUGUCCCAGCCAGUGCUAUACAUGUCCGAGGCGAACGCUACUGACCCCAGCUGGCUGGCGGCGUGGCCGCAGCUAAAGGGUCCGAAGCUGUGGGUCACGAUUGCGAACACGACGCACGAGAGCUUCUCGGAUGCGCUCACGCUGUUUCAGGCGGCUGGGGAGAACACGGCGGCUUUCGCGGGUCUGCUGGGCACGAUUGCGCCGGCCGAGAUAGUGCGGAUCCUGGCGGCGUAUACGACCGCAUGGAUGAAUGGGGCGUUCGCAGGCAAGGUAGGAGGGCCGUUGUUGCAAGGGCAGGAGCCGGGAAGGUUUCCAGAGGUCUCAACCGUGAUGAAAAGCAACUUUUAAAAUGAUGCGAGGUAUCUCGCGAGAUAAGCACAACUUGCUAUCUUCAAUGGCCCGUGGGAAAGGUUGUUCAGGAACUCUCAGGCUUUGAGACAGUCCAUGUGCACCUUCGAUAUUCAGAGAAAUGUUAGCAUAUACAGGACGACUUUUGACCUA